AUGGCGACUGCGAGCACCGGAGGAGCGCGCAUGCCCUCACCUAGAUACUGCUUGUGGAGAGGAGAGGCUGCGCCGCCGACGAAAAGAUCUUCUCCGCGCGGGGUAGAUUGGUCAAAGCACCACCACCGUCCGCCCUACUCCUCCAAUCCCCUCCCCGUCGUCUUCUCCCCAUACGCCUCCUUCUCAACCGCCGCCACAGCCGCCCGCGCGGUCGCGCCCGCCUCCCACUCCCUCCCCUCAAUCUCAUUCUCUCCUUGCUCCUCCGUGGAGGCGACGGCGCUGGCGAAGAACGGUGUGAGCGCGCGGGAGGCGCCGCCCGAAUAUAUGGCACGGUCCUCCUCCCUCUGUGCCGGCGCCGCCGCCGCCCUCGUCUCCUUCCGUGCUCAUCUCCGCCUCGCUCUUGCUCUCCUCUCUUCGCGCUGCACCUCCACUCCCGAGCACCGGCACAACGACGUGCUACAGCCAGUGAAGGUUGAGAGGGAGAGGAGGAGCAGAGAAGUAGAAGUGGCGGUUGUCUUAUGCGCUAUCGUAACCGGCCAAGGCACCUCCGCAACCGUCCUCAACGGCGAGCACAAAUCCACCUGCAGGUUUCAGUAUAUCUGUGCCUACAAGGUGCUUGACAAAAAACCUGUAAGUAGGUUUCAGUUUAUCUAUGCCUACAAGGUGCUUGGGAAAAAACCUGACCUCAGAAGGAGUAGUGGCCGUAUGUGCUGCUACUGAAGGGAAUAGCUAAAUUAUUGUUGCUGGCUUUUCCCCAAUGUCAUGAGCCAAGGUUCUGGGGCUAGAUCUCAACUACUUGUCCUGAAAUUAAGUCAGACCUACAUCAUUUAGAUCUUGCAAUAUUUCUGUUCGAUUUUUUAUUAACAACAGCCUGAACAGUACUCACGCUCCUUAUAUUUGCUUGCACAUGUAAAAUACAUUUGUGCUUUUCUAUAUGAUGUACAUCCAAAAAAAUCCUUGGGCAGAUUUAAAUCCCUGACAUCAAAUGGCUACAU